AUGUGCAAUAAUAACCAUCGUCAUCCUCACACAGGCUCUGUUCAGAAACUUCAUUUUGACACAAAUUCAACUGAUCAAAAUAAUGAUAUUCAUAGCAGGUAUAGCGGACCCUCAAUAUCGACAAAUCAUUCCCGAUACAGUAAUUUCCAACCCAUUAGCACUCCAAAGCACCACUCAUCUUCAUCGUCACCGUCAGUGAUAAUGAACCGACCAUCUAUAAAUACCCCAAGCUCGAACUUCUCGCCAAUUUCACCGGGAGCCAGUACCACCUUGGGAAGUUCAAGUGUGCAUUUUUCCCCAACAAAUGGGAACUUCAGGAACUAUUCUUUGGGAAUGUCCAAUUCCCCUAUCAACAACGCGCUCACUGGGGAAUCCUCUUCUCAACGACACCAACAAAACCAAUAUUUCCAUUCAUUGUCAAAAGCAAACGCCUCCAACACCUCUGCUAGUCAGUUACACAGUCCAGUGCUAAUAAAAUCACCAGUUCCUGACGGAGGAUGGGCUAAUCAGGGCAAGAAGCUUGGCUCCGCAACCAGCAAUUCUGGUCGUCCUAACAUAAUGAACACAAAUGACGAUAUACAAAUGAAGUUGGACGAAGAGAAUGAACGGAAAAUUAUCCCAGGUACCACCAGCAAGUUUGGAGCUUCUGGUAGAAUGCACUCCGUCACUUACACUAACCCAGGUAUCAAAUACCCAAGGUAUUCGAAAUUUGGUGAAAAUGUCAGCAGCAGUGACAAUAAACCUUCAUAUCCACCAAUAGAUGAGAAUUCCGUAACAAAUUUAUCUUCAUUCAGAUUGCCAUCGCUUGACGCCAUGGAGUUUUCAGGAAAUAGCGGCUUUCCGGAUAUUUCCACGAUCAAGGAUCGUCAUCAAUCUAUAUUAUCAUCGACAACCAGUUCUUCAUCGUGUUUCAGUGCCAAUCAAGUGAAGAGAAGUUCCUAUUUAACCACCUCAUCCUUACAGACAUCAAUUGACCGAUUAUCGAUAAAUCAAAAAGAUGGCUUGAUUGCCGCAAUUCCCGAAUAUGCAUCGUCUGAUGGGCUUCUGGAUUAUACUGGGAAACAAUAUCCCCUGAGAUACGAUAGUCGGCCAUUACCUAUGCCGCCAUCUAUGUACUCCAACAAUAACAAUAGUCGUCAACUAUCAGAUAUGGUGAGCGAGACAAGCACCGCCAGCGUGAACUCCAAUAGUAUAUAUGGUGCCAGCAGUUAUCGUGGUGGAAAAAAUGAAAUUAGCCUAGCAGCUCCCCCAACUCCUGGAAGUUAUUUCAAUGAUGGUGGCUCUGCUAGUUCUGGAUUCUUACUGAAUAGUUCACCUACCUAUAAUUAUCAACAACAGCAUUCGCCAAUUGCUCCUCCAGUAAUGAAGCAUUUACAAUUCCAAUCACCUUUACCACCACUACCUUCGCCUCAACAACAACUACAGCAUCAAUUGCAACAGCAGCAAAAUAAUCAACAGCAGCAACACAAUCGUCAUCUACAAGCAGGCCUGACAUCAGUGACUUCCAAGCACUCUAGAGAUUCCAAGAGCUCGAAGAAUUCCAAAAAUGGCUUAUCUGUUCCCGAUAACACAGUCAUGGGAAAUAAUGAAGAUAAUGAGAUGAUGAUAGACCCAGAAAAUCUGUCGAGCAUGGCACAAGGCUCAUCGUUGAAUGGUAUUGCUUCAAACCCUUCAAGUCUUUCGAACUACACUUCGACAAUAAAAUUCAAUUCAUCUCCUGAAGAAGAACGGAAAUAUCAAUGCAAGACCUGUGGUAGGAAAUUCAAAACUAGUGGUCAUGUUUCUCGCCAUUCCAGGAUCCACACCGGCGAAAGAAAGCAUGUUUGUCCCUUCCCUGGGUGUGGGGCAAGGUUUGCGAGACAUGAUAAUUGUAUGCAACAUUAUAAAACCCAUUCAAAUUUGAAUGGUAAGACUGCUGAGAGAAUGAGAAAUUUGAAAUUAAAGGAGCAGUUGUCUACGAAAAAAAUGAAAAUCAAGGCUUUGAUUUGGUAG